GUAGAGGGUUCUGUGACGGGCAGUCCCUAAAAUAAUUAACGUAAUUAAAAUAAUAACAUUUAAUAACCAUGAAGACUUACUUAUUUAGCUUCGUCUUAUUUGUUUCGGUUGUCGCAAUUUCCUGUAAGAAAAGGCCGAAGUUUUGUAAAUUGGAUUCAGACACUGGGCCUUGUUAUGGUGCUUUUACCAGAUAUUACUGGGACGAAAAGACGAAAGAUUGUCUAAAAUUCAGUUACGGAGGAUGCGGUGGAAACAAAAACAAUUUUGAAACCGAAGACGCAUGCCGAUCCACGUGCGGCCCUUCUAGUACUACAGAUGUUUGUAGUUUGCCUGCGGUAACAGGGCCAUGUCGUGCUGCUAUUCCCAGAUACUAUUGGGAUAAACAGGCGAAAGAUUGUCUGAAAUUCUCUUACGGAGGAUGUGACGGUAACGGAAACAAUUUUGAAACUGAAGACGCAUGCCGUGCCAAGUGCGGCCCCGCUACUACAGAUGUUUGUAGUUUGCCUGCGGUAACAGGGCCAUGUCGUGCUGCUAUACCCAGAUACUACUGGGACAAAAAAGCAAAAGAUUGCUUGAAAUUCACUUACGGAGGAUGCGACGGCAACGAAAACAAUUUUGAAACCGAAGACGCGUGCCGCGCAAAGUGCGGUCCCGCACCGAUCAUCGAUAUUUGUAGUUUACCCGCAGAAACAGGGCCAUGUCGUGCUGCUAUGCCCAGAUACUAUUGGGACACACAGGCUAAAGAUUGUCUGAAAUUCACUUACGGAGGAUGCCGCGGUAACGAAAACAAUUUUGAAACUGAAGACGCAUGUCGUGCAAAAUGCAGCCCUCCUGACACUGAUAUUUGUAGUUUGCCCGCGGAAACAGGGCCAUGUCGUGCUGCUAUACCCAGAUACUAUUGGGACACACAGGCAAAAGAUUGUCUAAAAUUCACUUACGGUGGAUGCGAUGGCAACAAAAAUAAUUUUGAAACCGAAGAUUCAUGCCGUGCACAGUGCAACCCUUCUAAUACAGACGUUUGUAGUUUGCCUGCGGUAAUAGGGCCAUGUAAAGCUGCUAUUCCCAGAUACUACUGGGACACAAAAGCGAAAGAUUGCCUAAAAUUCACUUACGGAGGAUGCAACGGCAAUGAAAACAAUUUUGAAACCGAAGACUCAUGCCGUGCAAAGUGCAGCCCUUCGUACACUGACAUUUGCAGUUUGCCCGCAGAAACAGGGCCAUGUCGUGCUGCUUUUCCCAGAUACUAUUGGGAUACACAGGCUAAAGAUUGUCUGAAAUUCACUUACGGAGGAUGCCGCGGCAACGAAAACAAUUUUGAAACUGAAGACGCCUGUCGUGCAAAAUGCAGCCCUUCUUAGUUCCUUCUGACUACAUUAUUACACUAUAAUACUUCUUUUAAAAAUAAUAAAUGGUUUCUGGAGACACGCGACUAGAUAACGCAACCAUAUAAAAUUUGGGAACUGUACUUCG